UUCAGUAUCUAUUCCAGACAUGUGUGACUUUACAGCCGAAGCAGUGUUCAAAGUGCAGAGUCAGUCCAGGCAGCGAGCCCACCCCACCCCCUCUCCCAGACGGACCAUUUUACUUUUGCUUUCAAUUCUGUAUCCGGAUGUAAAGGCAGGCGCGACCUGCAGCUCAGACGCUGACGGAGCUCCUGCUUCGUGCCAAAGGAAAUGACAGUUUUAUAUAAAACAGUUUUUCAUUUCUGCCUGUAGACAUGGGUAGACGUGUGAUUUUCUUGGUGCUCCUAGCUGUGCUGCUGCUGGACUUUACAGAGGGUGCAGAGAAACAAAUAUACCUUGCAGAUGGAGGUAAACUCAUAUUGGAGUCACCCAUUCCUGCUGAGCUCAAGCCCCUGACAAGCAUCCUGUGGAAACAUAAUCGCAACAUGGUGGUGGAAUGGGUUGAGACAUUAGGAAGUGUGGAGGACUACGGAGCAUUUCAUGGCCACACAACCCUGGAUAGAAAGACUGCUCGUUUGGAGAUCGACAAUUUGACUCUUAUCUACAGUGGAGUGUAUUCUUUGGAGUUAAAUGGCCAACUCCAGAGCGAGACAUACAUGGUUACUGUGAUCAAGAAAGUCCCAAAGCCCACGGUGACAGUUGAGCCACUGUUUUGUUCUUCCACCUCAUCUCUUUGCAAACUGAGCUGCAAUGGAGGGAUCCCAGAGGCCCAACCAAUCACCUACAGCUGGAGGCCAAAUACAGGAAACUGGACUGAGUCAAAUAAACUGAUGGAAAUCACCAACAAUGACAACCAUGUUGAAAAUUUCUUCUGCCAAAUGAAGAACCCAGUUAGUGAGGAAGAGAGCGAGCCAUGGAAGAAUGUAUUCUACCCAGAGAAAGUCCCAAAGCCCACGGUGGCACUGGAGCCACUGUCUUGUUCUCCCUCCUCACCGCCCUGCGCUCUGAGCUGUAAUGGAGGGAUCCCAGAGGCUGAACCAAUCACCUACAGCUGGAGGCGAGAUACAGGAGACUGGACUGAGUCAAGUAAACUGAUGGACAUCACCAACGAUGACGACCAUGUUGAAAAUUUCUUCUGCCAGAUGAAGAACCCAGUUAGUGAGGAAGAGAGCGAGCCAUGGAAAAAUGUGUUCUACAAAGAUAGAAAGCAGCUUUACGUUGCUGUGGCAGUUGGGGUGGUGGCUGCAGUUAUUCUGGUUGUUAUUAUUGCUUUCAUAACACGAAGGUUCGUUUCAUUACGUGGUGGAUCUGUCAGUGAACUAUGUAAGUGUUUCCCACAAAACCACUGAAACAAAAACAUGUUAACAUGAGUUUUUCACCUGCCUUGGUCUCUG